GCCUGAGCCUUAGUUUCUAUGUCUAAAAUGAAGGUUAACAAUGGUCAGUAGGGUUGUUGGGGAGGGUCAUAUAUGCCAUGAGAGCACUUUCAUGGUUGAGGUGCCAGAUAUUUUUCAUCCACUUGGUCAGGCAGUGAGUGCUAGGUCCAGGCCUCAAUUUCUCACUAUUGAUCUGAUCUUUUCCAGCUCUAAAAUGGUUCUAGAAUUAGCCAGUUCCUCCCCUUCUGUGUCCUGGUUUAGGACCCUUUUUUUUUCACAGGGAUCUCUGGCAGCAGAAGAGGUAGAGGUUGAGGCCUUCCAUCAGAGAUCCAGACCUGGUGUGAAAAAAAUAGCUCCUUGGAACUGGUCAGAAAACUUAAGUCUGGAAAGAUGAAGAAGGUUCCAGAGGAAGGGGCUAGGGCCACAGGGAGCAUCUCAUCCCCCUGAAGAGCCCUUGGUGGAACAUAUCCCUACAAUCCCUGAACCCACCAUCUCUCCUUGCUGUUCAGAAAGUCAGAGCCUUGCACUGGCUAACCCACUUGCACACCUGGGUAGGUGUUCAUGCUCCCAUCUCUGCAAGGUGGGAACUGCUGCCCUGGACUGGAACUUGGGCGAAGUCCAAAGAAGGGGUUUUGGAGCCUGGUAAACGUUACCCUGAGGGCUGGUAGUGUGUUCCUGUGUCCCUGGGGCUUAGUGCUGUGCACCCAUUGUACUAUAAUAACACUUCUAGUCUCUACAACUGAGGCACUCUUCAGAGCUAGGGGGACAGGUAACAGCAGGGGCUAUGGGCUUCCUUAGCAUGCCAGACAUAGAGGGCCGUGAGCAGAGCAGGGAAGACCCUUUUCCAGGGUUGGAAGCAUCUGCCUUGUCCAGAGGCCCUGCCUAAUUACCCGGGCACCAGGACAUAUUCUGGACCCAGUGAAAAUGGGACAUCCAACCUGGCACCCUAGAAAAGUCCCUCAACUACUUCAGACACUGAGAAGACUCACAGUUGGGCCCUUGAGUUGGGAGGUUCACAUCCACAAAACCCUCCAUAUAUAUUCCCGUCCUCCCUGUUGUCUGGGACCAAGAAAGAUAUCUAUUUCACUGCUCAACAAUUUUCACUUUUUCUGCCCAACUUCUGAAAACCAAGAGAAGAUCGUGAAGAAAUGUGAUUAUUAAUAGAUCCAAAGGACUGAUAUUUUCUAGAUGUUUUCAAGAUCUGAAGGAGUUCCCUAGUGGUACAGAGGGUUAAGGAUCCCUAGCCUGGGAACUUCUGUAUGCUGCAGGUACAGCCAAAAAUAUAUCUAUCUGUAUAUCUGAAGCAUCAGUGGUGAUCCUAGCAGCCAUCUUGAAGAACAGUCAGAGCCAGUAGGUUUCCUGGAUUGUGAGCUAAUACCUCCCCACCCCACCCCCCUGCUUGUACUGCUGCCAAUAAGGUUUGUGACCCUGGUAAGUCUUUUUCCUUGCCAGGUCUGUUUCCUCAUCUGUGUAAGGAGUUGGCCUAGAUCAGAGAUAGCAAAUGUGCUUUAGUAUAACAAAAUCAUUUUGAAAUUUAGUAACUUUAAUGAACAUCCAUUUAGCUUCUGGUUCUGUGGCUUGGCAGUUUUGGCUGUGCCCAGCUGGGUAGUUCAUCUGUGCCCUUAUGUGGCUGAAGUGAGCUGGAAGCUGGUUGGGCCCAGAUAACCACCCACCUGUCAAGUAGUUGGGCAAUGGGGCCAGCUGGGCCACAUGCUCCUAGCAUCUAGCAGGCAAGGCAGGGUAAGCAGGUGCCCUUCAAGCUCAUGUUUGUAUCAUGCUUGUAAGGUUCUGUUGGCCAAAGCAGAUUAUAUGGCUAAGCCCAUAAUUCCUCUUAUGGCUAUAAUUUAUCUCAAGCCUCAUUUCACUUUCCAAUUCAGAACAUUUAGAAGCAACUGCUGGAGUGCUUUUUGAGGAUUUGGAGCAGUUUUUAGACUGUUAGAAAAUAGUUACAUGAUAUUUUGGUCAUGUUGUUUAUGGGGAAGGAAUUGAAAUGUGGGUAUGAGAGUCAUACCCUGGCCAGGUCCUAACAAGGACAUUGUAUGCUAUGCAGUGAGCCAUCUGAUGAGACCACAAAAAUACAGAAGGUAGAGUAGGGCAAAAGAUUCUAAGUCAGGUGUCCUGGGUUUGAAUCCCAGCUGGGCCAUUGAUUGCCUUUGGGAAAUCAAAAUCUCUCUACCUGUGGCCACAUUCUUCAUAAUAAAAUUAUUCCAUAAUAAUAAACCACUUCCUGAAUAUCUGCUGUGUAAAAGGCACACUAUACACACACUUAGUUGAUCUCCACAACCACCCUUUUAGGUGGAUAUAGUGUGAACUUUCAGUUACAAUUUAUAGAAAUUGAACUCAAACUCAAUUGAACUCAAACCUGCUUAAGCAGGAGGAAGUUUACUGUUUCACAAAUUUAAAAGCCCAGGGGUAGAUUUUCAGACCCCAUGGGACCUGGGGUUCAAGAGUUGCCAUCAAGACUGUUUAUCUCGUUCCUCAGCUCGGCUUCUCAGACAGGUUCUAAGUGGUGGCAGAGCAUGGCCACAGGGCGUGAAGCUUGGAGGACAGAAUCCCCAAAAGGAAAAUAUGAGUUCUAUGGCUGGAAGAAAGGAGGCUUGUGCUGACAAAAAUAGGUCUUUAUUGUGUACUUAUGACCAUGUUACAGAUUUUACAAGGGUAGAGGUUCUAGAACAUGGCCCCAUGAACUGGUGGUAUCUAUAUCCUCUCCCCUUUAUCUGGACUCUGUUUUAUUAGUAGAAUAUGGUGAUAGUGAUGCUAUGGCAGACUCCCAGUCCUGUUUUUAAAGAACUAGCAUUUUCCACUUUUGUGUUUGGAGACCCAGCCACCAUGCUGUGAAGAAGCCCAGGCCACAUGAAGAGGUCAUGUGUACAUGUAUGUUCCAGCUGACAGCCAGUAUCAACUGUCAGACACAAGGAAGCCUUCAAGAUGACUCCAGCCUAGCCACUAUCUGGAGAACCAACUACAGAAGCCAAAUUAUGAAGUCCACAAAAAAUAUUGAGAAAUCCAGAACAGCCUACUGGAAUCUUCACUGUGAUCCAUUCUUGAUGCUCAGCACCACCCAGAUCUCCAGCUUCCCAGUAGCUGAGUCAUUGAGUCUCUGCAGACUUUGGAAGAGGGUCUCCUUCACUGAAACACUGGAGAACCAGGGGAUCCCAGAGAGCUAAGGCUCUGUUAACUCUUGCUGUGAAGCUGGAAUGAGGAAAAACAGAUCUUCUCAAGGGGUUAACUCUGGCUGUGAAGCUGGGAUGAGGAAAAACAAAUCUUCUCAAGCUGCAGCUGCAAUUGACAUCUCUUUCACCCCACACCUGAGCUCCUGCUCCCUGGAAGAGAAGCCUGAGUAAAGACAGCCCUGGCAGCAGAGAAGGGUUAUUUUUGUCAACGGCUGCUUCUGACUUCAGAGCUGUGGGCAUUGAGCUCGAGAGCAAUACAGAGAGAGGACCAGGAAGUAAAUGACACUGGGAGAUGGGAAACUCAGGGAAGAAAGACCCUCAAAAAGUUGUGCUUUCAAGGUUCAUCUUUUCAUCUGGACUGGUGAGUCUCAAAAUUUUUAGUCCUUAGACUACUUGAACAGAACAAGAGUCUCACUAUUUACUAGAUUAAAUAAACAUGCCGGCAAACAAACAAACCAAAAAAAAACCACUUUCGAGGUGUUUUGGCUGAAUCCCUGUGAUAAUUUCUAGCUCCCUUUAAACAUGUUUGUUUUGAUGCUUUUAAGUUUUGAUUGAAAUCCACAGUGGAAAAUACGUUUCAAAGGGAAAAAAAACAAACCACCCAACACACUUCUGUGCCUUACAUUUUGACCCAGCCCACAGGACGAUUGGAAGAAUCUUUGCAGACCCACCAGAGGUCCCCAGAUUCCAUUUGGAGAACCAUUGAUCUAAAAACGACAUCUUGAUUUCAGAACCCUUCUUUUGAUCUGGAAUUAUCUCUUAUUGACCACAGAGAGCUGUUAUUGACGAUUCCUGGGACAGGGCCCUGUAUAGUGAGAGGCCUCCCAGGAUGGAUGUCACUCGCCUCCUCUUAGCUACCCUACUGGUAUGCCUGUGCUUCUUCACUGCCUUCAGCCACCUGGCACCUGAGGAAAAGUCCAAAGAUGAAAGAAGUCUAAGGAGCAACUCCUCCAUGAACCUGUUGGAUUUCCCUUCUGUCUCUAUUGUGGCACUGAACAAGAAAUCCAAAAAGAUCAGCAGAAAAGAAGCGGAGAAGAGAUCUUCCAAGAAAAAGGCUUCGAUGAAGAAGGUGGCACAGCCCCGGCCCCCGCGGCCUGCCCCCUGCGUGGCCAACCGCGACAGCUGCAAGCCUCCGGCGCUCGCCUGCUGCGACCCGUGCGCCUUCUGCCAGUGCCGCUUCUUCCGCAGUGCCUGCUCCUGCCGCGUGCUCAACCCCACCUGCUGAGCGCGCCUGCCUCCCGGUGGCUGGCGCGGCAAGGCCAGGUUCCCCAGACCUGGGGGACCCUCCGGGGCGCUUGAUCUCCAGUAGGUGUGGCUUCCUAGGAACGGGUGCGGGCGUGGCUACUGACGUUGGGGCGGAGCUUUCAGGAGGAGGGGCUUCAAGGAGACUGGGCGUGGGCUCUGCUAAAUUCCAAAUACACGCAGGCUGGUCGAAGGUGUGUGGCUGUUUCUUUAAAGAAUCCGAAAGCUCCAUUUCCCUUCGCGGGGUCUCCUUCACCGCCGAAGUCCCGCCGGCUGCGCGCUUGCUCUUUCCCAGGCCAGUGGAAACCCAGUUACCGGCCCUGAGACUGCUCUCCUGGUAAGCGCUUUUCCGGGUCUGGCCGCGGGAGACGUGCUGCCCCCUGUUUUUAAGCCUGGGAACACCCGAAGCUGCUUUGAAAACGAGGAAAGCAGAAAGAAGCCUUUAAGGAACUGCCAUUCAGCCUUUCACCCUUUCCCCCUUCUAAGGAGCUCCUCCCAUCGCCGAAAAAACAAGAAUGGCUACAACUCCA